AUGGAUGCAUUCUAUCGUUCGCAGAAACAUCAUUUAUCAAUAAAAUGUAUAGUACUUGAAAUAAUUUUGCAAUGGUUUUUAGCAUUUCUUAUUCCAUCGAUACCAUUUUGUUUGGAUGAAAUUAAAUUGCAAAUAAAACCACGAUUUUGUUCAGCACGUAAACCACUUUAUGUGAUAUUGAGAAUGCGUCAAAAUUAUAAAAAUGAGAAAUUACUACGACAAUGUGCGGCAUUUUCAUGUGUAUUCGCUAUUGGUUGGGGACUUUUUGCGUGUAUUUCCGUUUUUGACUUCAAUGAUAUUGUUCCUGAAAGUAUUUAUUUAAUUACACUAUCAUUUCUAUCAAUAUCAUUAUUAGUUAUUACUCUAAUGAUUAUUCAUUGGAAUAAAUUAAGCAGUCAAAGAAUCAAUAUUUACUUUAUUGCACAUAAAAUCUAA